GUGGAGGGGCCACGGCCAGCCUCCCUGCUGCCUGGAGUGGCGGAGUCGGGGCUGCGCAGGCCUUUGCUGGACCCGCAUUGCCCCCUAGUGCCGCGCAGAGUCAGGGUGCCGGGCUCCCCCGCCUGAUGUCACCGGCGUGCAGUCAGCCCAGAGGCGGCUCAUUGACAGCAGACCCUCCUCGGCGCUCGCUGGGCGGAGGAGGCGCCGCGGUGCAGAGCCGCCGCGGGCCGGCCGUUGCCGGGCGCCCCUGGCCCUGCUGCCCCCUCCCGCCUGCGCCCGCCAGCCCGGCGCGCCUGCCGCGGACCAUUAAACUUGGAGCUGCCGCCUCUUCCCCUCUUCUCCUUCUUCUCCUUCUCCUCCAGCAGGCGACCUAGCGGCUCGGUGCAGGCAAGGGACGUGCUGUCGCCAGAGCUGGACUGCCCUGGGGACAUGACUUCUCAGAAGGCCGUCCCUGCGAAGAAGAUCACAAGCAGAGCAAAGUUUCAGGGCAGCUGAGGAGCCUUCGCCGCAGCCCUUCACCCCCAAUCACCCCCGCUGGCUAUGGAGGGCGGACUCUAAAAUGAAUCCCGAUCUGGACCCCGGCCACAACACAUCAGCACCUGCCCACUGGGGAGAGUUGAAAAAUGCCAACUUCACUGGCCCCAACCAGACCUCAAGCAACUCCUCUCUGCCCCAGCUGGACGUCACCAGGGCCAUCUCCGUGGGCCUGGUGCUGGGCGCCUUCAUCCUCUUUGCCAUUGUGGGCAACAUCCUAGUCAUUCUGUCUGUGGCUUGCAACCGGCACCUGCGCACACCCACCAACUACUUCAUCGUCAACCUGGCCAUCGCCGACCUGCUGCUCAGCUUCACUGUCCUGCCCUUCUCCGCUGCCCUGGAGGUGCUCGGCUACUGGGUCCUGGGGCGCAUCUUCUGCGACAUCUGGGCAGCCGUGGACGUCCUAUGCUGCACAGCGUCCAUUCUGAGCCUGUGCGCCAUCUCCAUCGAUCGCUACAUUGGGGUGCGCUACUCUCUCCAGUACCCCACGCUGGUCACCCGGAGGAAGGCCAUCUUGGCGCUCCUCAGUGUCUGGGUGUUGUCCACUGUCAUCUCCAUUGGGCCUCUGCUUGGCUGGAAGGAGCCAGCGCCCAAUGAUGACAAGGAAUGCGGGGUCACCGAAGAGCCCUUCUAUGCCUUCUUCUCCUCCCUGGGCUCCUUCUACAUCCCACUGGCCGUCAUUCUGGUCAUGUACUGCCAAGUCUACAUCGUGGCCAAGAGGACCACCAAGAACCUGGAGGCAGGGGUCAUGAAAGAGAUGUCCAAUUCCAAGGAGCUGACCCUGAGGAUCCACUCCAAGAACUUUCACGAGGACGCCCUCAGCAGUACCAAGGCCAAGGGUCACAACCCCAGGAGUUCCAUAGCUGUCAAACUUUUUAAGUUCUCCAGGGAAAAGAAAGCAGCCAAGACCUUGGGCAUCGUGGUUGGUAUGUUCAUCUUGUGCUGGCUUCCCUUCUUCAUCACCCUCCCACUAGGCUCCCUGUUCUCCACCCUGAAGCCCCCCGACGCCGUGUUCAAGGUGGUCUUCUGGCUGGGCUACUUCAACAGUUGCCUCAACCCCAUCAUCUACCCGUGCUCCAGCAAGGAGUUCAAGCGCGCCUUCGUGCGCAUCCUCGGGUGCCAGUGCCGUGGUCGCCGCCGCCGCCGGCGCCGUCGCCGCCUGGGCGGUUGCGCCUACACCUACCGGCCGUGGACGCGCGGCGGCUCGCUGGAGCGCUCCCAGUCGCGCAAGGACUCGCUGGACGACAGCGGCAGCUGCCUGAGCGGCAGCCAGCGGACCCUUCCGUCGGCCUCACCCAGCCCGGGCUACCUGGGCCGCGGAGCGCCGCAGGCCGUCGAGCUGUACGCUUUCCCGGAGUGGAGGGCGCCCGGCGCCCUGCUCAGCCUGCCCGCCUCCGAGCCCGCCGGCCGCCGCAGCCGCCACGACUCGACUCAGCUCUUCACCUUCAAGCUCCUGGCAGACCCAGAGAGCCCAGGCACGGACGGGGGCUCCAGCAACGGUGGCUGCGAGUCUGCGGCCGACGUAGCCAAUGGGCAGCCUGGCUUCAAAAGCAACAUGCCGCUGGCACCCGGGCACUUCUAGGGAGUGGGGGACCCUCUUCCUACCCCGGGGAAGGCAAUCCUGGUGGAGAGAGGAUGGUGCCCACGCCGGGGUUAUGGGGAUUACGGGGAGGGGGAGGGGGAAGGGGACUAGGAGAGGGGGACAGCUGCUUAUCUGGCAGGGGCAUGGGUGCCAGGUACAGCAUGGAGAGCUAGGCCUAGCAUGCUGAGAGCCUGGGGGCACCCCUCACCUGCUGGGAUGACGUCUCUCUCUCUCUAAUACCCCCACCCCUGUACAUAUAAGUCCCCUCUCUACAUGUAUUUAACUGUGGGUACACGUAUGUGUGUGUGUCUGUGUGGUGUGCGUGUGGCCUGCAUGUGAGCGCGUGGGGUGGGGGGUGGGGAUGUCCGCCCAAGUGCGGGCUGAGCGAGUGUGCGCCCAGGAGAGGGAGGGCGCUAUGUGUCUCGUGACUCCGUACCUCUCCGGCCCCUCCCUGUUCCUCACGAAUUGAUGGCACUUUGAUGGGGGCUGGAAAACAAAGAACAUUAAAGAUCAUUUCUCCUGUG